UUGGGUGUUGGGUGUUGGGUGUUGGGUGUUGGUAUUGAUGACCAGCGCAAGGGGUGGAAUAUUCACAUUUAUAUUUAGCCCUCCAAUCUCUCCUACUCAGUAAGUAUAUUCUCCCGCAUAUGCCCCGCCCGCCCCAAGUCUUCGUCUUCGUUCUUGUCAUAUCAUCCCAUCCCAUGUCCACUGAUUCUCUCUCUCCCCCUCUCCCAUCAUCUUUCCCCUCCAUCGUCAAUUAUAUAUAUUUCUCGUACAAUCAGACCCCCUCUCCGUUUCUGUCCCCCCCCCCCCCCCAGUCCCAAUUCUCCAUAUUACCAACAGGCAACAACAGAUGAAGUUCUGGAAAAUCCUGCGAAAACUGCUCGAUGAGACAUUCCCAGAUUGGCAGGAAAUGUUCAUAUCGUACAAGGACUUGAAGAAGCAGCUAAAAUUGAUCUCUCCGAAAACGAAAUCGAAACAUCUCCCAAGGGUCAGCAAACGCCCCAAAUUGGGUGAGGAGGAGGAGGAGGAGGAGGUGGUGGUGGUGGUCUCCCCGGAGAUGAAAGAUUUCUUGAAGCUGUUGGAAGGAGAGAUCAAAAAGUUUAACGCCUUUUUCUUGGAUAAGGAGGAAGAGUACGUUAUCAGAUUCAAGUUAUUGAAAGAUGGAGUAGCUGAGGCUAAGGAAGAGGAACUUAUGAAAGUGGGAAGAAAGCUUGUAGAUUUUCAUGGAGAGAUGAUUUUGUUGGAAAACUACAGUGUUCUCAACUACACAGGAUUGGUGAAGAUUCUGAAGAAGUAUGAUAAGAGAAGUGGCAAUCUGAUCCAAUUGCCGUUCAUCCAAAAGGUCCUGCAGGAGCCAUUCUUUAGGACUGAAGUUAUAAAUAAGCUAGUGAAAGAGUGUGAAGGAAUGAUUCAUUGCAUCUUCUCUCGACAAGAGCAGCAGCUGGUUAUCUCAGAAGGUGCUGCUGCAAGUGCUAAGCAGAGGGUGAGCGAGGUGGAGGUGGAAAAACUCAGGGUACCUGAGGAGCUUGCAGAAAUCAAAUCCAUGGAGAACAUGUAUUUGAAGUUGACAAUAUCAGCCUUGCAAACCCUGAAAGAAAUGAGGAGCGGGAGUUCUACGGUGAACAUGUUCUCAUUGCCACCACUGCGGAGUUAACAAGGUAUUCGAGCAUGUAAUAAAAUAAUGUUUGUUUAAGUUGCUAGUUGAACGCUAGGGUUUAUUAUGAUCUUUGCUGGUCUGUUAGUGGUCAGCUGCCAAUGCUAUGUUCAUAGGUCCCGAUCAAGGUAGUCUUGACUUCUUGACAUUAGCUUUGGAAUGUGAAUUUAAGAUACCUAAUAUAAUUAAAAUAUUAUUUUUUU